UGCCCAACAACUUGGGCCAUGCAUCGGGUAUUGGGUGGCGGUCAGUCAGAUCUCUGCUCCACUAAAAUAUGUAAUGGAAUAAGUAGUAGGAAUCCUUUUGAAAAUUUCAGCCUUGGAGAAAUUUCCAGCACGGUGGUUCAUUGAUCUUCGCAGAGAAAAGGAAAGAUACUUUUACAUAAAUCAAGCAGUAAACCAUUGGUUGGCGCCAUCUUCCUUCCCCAUGACAGGGUUUAUUGGAACGGAAGGAGGAGAUCCAUGGCAGUGAAGAUCUAAUGAGACAAUUUGUUCCUGUCUGCAGAUCGUGGCUAAAGCGGACUGCCCAACAGUGUAGAUGGACAUAUUCCGAAAUUUAAUUAGAACAGAUCGUUUUAUAGAGUUAGAUGAAGAACAAUAGAGAGGAAAACGAGUUCGCCGUUUUUUCUCCCUCUCUUUCUGGGGGGCAGCAGCGGGUGAGGUUUACCACGAAGGCGGUCCUUCUCUCUCUUCUGGUCUUCUCUGUGAAGGGGGUACCGAGGCAGAUCGGACGGUCAAGAAGAGCCGUAGUGGGUGGGGACGACGUGUGAGCGAGAGGGUACCGUCCCUCGUGAACCCCACCACCCCCACCCAUGCCGAGAUAGAUAGAAGAACUCUUUGCGUAGCCUCCGAUCUAGUUGGGAAAUUGUCUGUUGGUCGAUGCAAUUAGUAGGUGCGUCAAGGGAAGAUUGGUGUUGGUAUCUGAAUUGGUGGCCGGGUGGUCGAUUCUGUGCUCGAAGUUGUUUCGCAGGGUUUGUUGGUUUCUUUGUUGAUCGUGAAGGAUUGCGUAACAAGCCUAUAACAUCAUAUCUAGAUUCAAAAGCUUAAGCACGCUUAAGAGAAUACCAUGGAUGAGUGCCCCACUAAAAAGGCUUCUGAUGGGCUGCGUGUCUCUAGAAGAGGGUCUAAUAUUUCUCUUGGGGAUGGCAACCAUGUGCCUCGAAAUUCCCAAUGCUGCAACCGAUUGGGUUGCAGCAUUAAUUCUAUGAGCGGAAGCCAGAUUGGCUUGCAAGAGAGGUCCAAACUUUCAAGACCAAAUUUCCGUGCAUCCAGCAGCAAAGCAGUAUCUGGGGGCUCCUCCAGACAAGUUUCAAGCUCCUCUGGGCUGAGAAAGGCUCAACGAAGACCGCAGACACCUCCUUCUUCUAAAGAAAUAUACCUUGCUUCAAGCAGCAAUGCACAGGGAUUCACAGAAUUUUUAGAUUCUUCAACAUCGGAAGAGCAAUCAGUAACUUCUGAAAGGGAAGAGAUGGAAGAUACCACAACACAAGAGAGCUCUUUGGUGUUACAAGAUACAUUGGCAGAGGUUUGUGACCGUUCUGUCAUGCAUACUUCACGAAUGCGAAAGCGAGUUUAUCAGAAGUCCAGUUCAAGUUCUCAUAGUUUUCCCCGUGGUUCAUCCGGUAAUAAAGAAACAAUCUUCCAUCAUCCUCUCUCGUCCAGACACUCUGGAGAGCCUUCUGAAGCUUCCUCUCAUGGUCCAGGAGGUAGUUCCAGUAGAUAUGGUCUUGGUAACCUCGGCUGCGCUUCAGUAUCUGAUGUGCUUCCCUCCAGGUUUUCAGUGGCAGAUACACAAGACUCUGGUCGAGUUAGAAAAUCUGAUGGAGAAAAGUCAUCUAUUAGAGGGAAGAGUAUCAGUAACACUUCCACAUUAGCUGCUUCAGGCAGCAGGAGGAGUACAAUUGGGCGUAAUAUGUCCUUUACAUCGAGUCCAUUGUCCUUGCAACCUACAAGGAGGAAUAUUAGAUCGUCAACAACCAGAGGAGUUACUUCAGUUAGAACCAGGCGGAUGCCUGGAGAGGGUAUUAAUAUAAGGUUGGCAGAGAGCAGCACUAACAACAAUUCCAUUUCUCUAUCAGAUGGCAGUCUGCCUCCUCUACAAUCUCAACUAGAGCUACUGAAUAGCUCCUCUGUUUCAGCCAGCUCAUCAUCAUCAUCACCAUCCUCUAUGGAUUUACCUCCUUUUCUUCAACUCAACUCAUUUAGGAGAUCAGAGUCUGGUAGUGAAAUUUCUCGAACAAGGCCAGGCAUUGAUCAUGAGGGUAGCAGUGCCCAUGGUUUUCGUGGACCUUCAAUGGAUCAUGGUGGAUAUCCUCGCAUUAACAUGGAAGGGAUUGCAGAGGUAUUGUUUGCAUUGGAAAGAAUUGAGCAAGAUGAAGAGAUUACAUAUGAGCAAUUAUUGGUGCUUGAGACAAAUUUGUUCCUGGGUGGGCUAAGUUUCCACGAUCAGCAUAGAGAUAUGAGAAUGGAUAUAGAUAAUAUGACUUAUGAGGAAUUAUUAGCUCUGGAGGAGAGAAUGGGUAGUGUCAGUACAGCACUUUCGGAAGAAGCAUUAUCCAAAUGCCUUCGUCAUGCAUUCUACUCAUCAAGUCCAACAGUUUCUGGAAUCAAGGUCUCUGAAGAAGAUGACGUCAAAUGCAGUAUUUGCCAGGAAGAGUAUGUUGACGGGGACGAAGUAGGCCAUCUGCAAUGUGAUCAUUGUUACCAUGUAUCUUGUAUCCAUGUUUGGCUACGCUUGAAGAACUGGUGUCCCGUCUGCAAAGCUCCAGCGGCACUAGAGUAGCUAUCCCUCUCUCUCUCUCUCUCUCUCUCUCUCCCCCACACUCUCUCUCUGUACAUAGGUAUCUUCCCAUGCUCUAUGGUUAAUAAACUGCCUUGUAACUGAAAUUUGUGCCUCAAAUUGGGGUCUUCUGAAAAUAUAAACAUGGAAAAGUUCACCCUGGA